AUGUCGAACGGAUCGGCUACAGAGACAUAUACUGUCCCUCUCCUCAUCAAUGGCAAGGACCAGACCUCUGAGCAUGCCUUUGAUAUCAUCUCGCCCUCAAAUAGCAAGGUCAUUCAUCGUUACUAUAGUGCCGACGUCAAGCAUGCCGACGCCGCAGUAGAUGCUGCCGCCGAGGCUUUCAAGACAUGGCGAAAGGCCACUCCCUAUCAGAGACGUGAUGUGCUUCUCAAGGCUGCAGAAAUCAUCGAGAAGCGGCGUGACGAGUUGCGCGAGUACUCAAUGGGAGAGACUGGCAGUGAUGCUGCCUGGGCCGACUUUGACAUCAGCACUGCUAUCCAACAUAUCAAGGAGGUCGCUGGUCGCGUGGGCACAAUACAGGGUUCAAUUCCUAGGUUGGCCGACCCUGACACCCACGCCCUCGUUCUCCAGGAACCUUAUGGCGUUGUCUUGGCUAUCUCUCCAUGGAACGCUCCUUUCAUCCUGGGUUCAAGAGCCGUCAUCUUCCCCAUUGCUGCUGGAAAUACUGUUGUGUUCAAGGGCAGCGAGCUUUCGCCCCGGACCUUGUGGGCGAUUGGCGAUGUCUUUAGGGAGGCAGGUCUGCCAGAGGGUGUGCUGAACGUCAUCUUCCACGAGCGAGCCAAUGCCGCCUCUGUGACUUCAGCAUUGAUCAAGAACCCACAUGUGAAGAAGAUCAACUUUACAGGAAGCACUCCUGUUGGCCAGAUCGUUGGCAAGCUGGCGGGUGAAAACCUGAAGCCCGUUGUGUUGGAGUUGGGUGGCAAAGCCCCAUCCAUUGUGUGGGAAGAUGCGGAUCUCGAUCUCGCCGCUUUCCAAAAUGCACUUGGGUCUUUUAUGAAUUCGGGUCAGAUCUGCAUGUCGACUGAAAGAAUCUUGGUGCACAAGAACGUCCUGGCAGAGUUUGAGAAGAAGCUUUCUGCCUCUAUCGAGCAAAUCUUCUCCUCCAAGGGCGAUGCGCCCACCCUCGUCAGCACCGCGGGAGUCGAAAGAAAUAAGGCCCUAGUCAAGGACGCCGUCUCCAAGGGUGCCACUCUGGUUCACGGAAAUCUGGACGUUGAGGAGACCAGCAAGUACCGUAUGAGGCCCAUCGUUAUCCGCGAUGUCACGGCAGAGAUGGACAUCUACCAGUCCGAGUCAUUCGGUCCCACCGUGUCUCUGAUCGCCAUCGAGACUGAGGAGGAGGCGAUCAAGCUCGCCAAUGACACCGAGUACGGCUUGUCGUCGUCGGUCUUCACCACCGAUCUCGGGAGGGGUCUUCGCAUUGCACGGGAGAUUGAGACUGGAGCAGUCCACAUCAACAACAUGACGGUUCAUGACGAGAGUGCUCUCCCUCACGGAGGAGCCAAGGCUAGUGGACAUGGCCGCUUUGGUGGAUCGUUUGGUCUCGAGGAGUGGACGAGGUCCAAGACCAUUACCUUUAAGAACUAG